ACCCGGGGGGGGGGUGGGUUGGUUGCGAGGCUAACUGAUCAGGCAGGAGGGAAGGCACCAGCGGCGGUAUAAAAAAAGAAAAAGGACCCGGUGAAGAUGGCGGGUGGACAACAGUCGGUGCUUUUCGUGUGUUUGGGCAAUAUUUGCCGAUCUCCAAUUGCUGAAGCCAUCUUCAGGAAACUGGCAACAGACCAGGGUGUUAUAGACAAAUGGAUGAUAGACAGUGCUGGUGUAAUUGACAUCAAUGUUGGGAAGUCCCCAGAUUCAAGGGCUCUAAGCUGUUUAAGACAGCAUGGCAUUGAGACAACACAUAAAGCAAGACAGGUAACCAAAAAUGAUUUUGUAACAUAUGAUUUUAUGCUUUGCAUGGAUGAAAGCAAUUUAAGAUCUUUAAAGGCAAUGGCUGAAAAAGUAAGCAAUCCUAAGUCCAGCAUACAACUACUUGGAUCAUUUGAUCCAGAGAAGAAGCGUAUUAUACAAGAUCCCUAUUAUGGAGAUGAAGCACAUUUUGAAGAAGUGUACCAGCAGUGUUUAAGAUGUUGCACAGGAUUCCUAGAGGCUUCUACUUAACAAUGCAAAAAGAAGCAUUGCUUUUAUAAAUUAUCAAAACAAAUCCAUUGAAUAUGGUUUACCAACAUCAUUGGCCUCGAAUUUAUAGAAUUAAUUAAAUAUUUAAAAUUAUUUGCUAUAUAUAAUCUUGUUUGCUCUAUACCAAGUAGACAAAAAUGAUAUUCAUCGGCAAACUUUACAAAGGCAAAAAUCACAAACUUGAUGGUUUUAUUCUCAUGAAUUUUGAUUGCAGGGCAAUAAAAUUUGAUGCUACAGAAUUGA